AUGGCAGCUGCCAAUGACACCGCAUUCACACACGCCGUGUUCCUGCUCACCGGGAUACCUGGCCAGGAAGACGUUUAUCUCUGGAUCUCUAUCCCCUUCUGCGUAUUGUAUGUUAUUUUGAUAUUAGGUAAUUCAGUCAUUCUGUUCAUUAUAAAAACAGAUUCAGGCCUCCAUGAGCCCAUGUACAUUUUCCUUUCCAUGUUGGCCCUCACAGACCUUGGUCUGUCGAUAGCCACCGUACCGACCAUACUAGGCAUGUUUUUGUUUAACUCCAGGGAGAUCAGCCUCAAUGCCUGUUUGGCCCAGAUGUUCUUUAUCCACUUUCUUCAGUGCACUGAGUCCUCUGUGCUCCUGUUGAUGGCCUUUGACCGCUUCGUUGCUAUCACUAACCCUCUCAGAUACGCUUCUAUUCUAACCCUUCCAAGAAUAGCCAAGAUGGGGCUGGCGUGUGUGCUAAGAGGGGUGGCUUUUAUACUCCCACUCCCGCUUCUCCUUAAGCAGUACCGCUACUGUCGAGACAACGUCCUCUCCCAUUCCUACUGCCUGCACCAGGAGGUCAUGAACUUGGCUUGUUCAGACAUCACAGUCAACAGUGUCUAUGGCUUGUCUGGUUCACUUUUAACAAUGGGGUUGGAUGCCCUCCUGAUCUUCCUCUCUUAUGUGAUGAUCUUCAAAACUGUGCUAAGUGUUGCUUCCAGGGCAGAGAGUUUCAAGGCCCUGAAAACCUGCAUCUCCCACCUCUGCAUUGUCCUGCUCUUCUACACAUUAGAGAUAAGCUUGUCUGUGGUCUACAGAUUUGGGAGCAGCUCUUCUCACUUGCUUCAGAUCAUCAUGGGCUACAUCUACCUGCUGGUCCCGCCCUUGAUGAACCCAGUGGUGUACAGCGUGAAAAGCACACACCUCCGUGCAAGGUUAAUCAGGCUAUUUGUCAAGUGA